ACACUUCCCGAUGUUCGUCUUACAUCCCUUAGUCUCGUUCUGUUAAAUGCAGCAGCAGCAUCACGAUAACGAUUUCGUUAUUAACCGGAAAUUUACGACAAAGCCACCAGUAGUGACGCAACGUAAUAGCGCAAGCGAACGGCCCAAGCGAGUGCCACCGCCACAGUUACAAGACGUCAACCAGGAGCAUAUUGUUUUAACCCUUUUCAUCCAGGAUCGUGAUCAAUUCGAAGGAAAAGCAGAAGGUCAUCAACGAGAAGCGGACGAUGCAAACAUAAUCGAGAUCACCUUCGUAUGUAUGCAGUUAGACCACGUGUCCGACCACGAGCGUUCCAACAGUUCCCGAUCGACCCGAGACGAUCCUCACCCAUCGGUCGAAGGAACGAUCCGCGUACACCGGUGCCCAAGCAACAUUAACAGCGACUUGGGGGACUGAAUGUGAAAACUAGUUGAUGCGUCCUAGAUUCAAAAGCGGCCACGACCAGUAGUGAGACUCGUAUAAUCUGAUCUGUUUUUUGUAAUAUAACGGAAAUAAACUUUAAAAAAAUCUUCAAAUCAAUACAGUCACAAUUUUAAGUGAGAAAAUCUAGGAAUAAAUCCUAUUCAUAAGUUUGCCAUAUAGACACCAAAAUCUGCCAGCUUCACAACAUUUCCAUUUUAUAAGGUUUGCUUAUGAACGCAACAGAAAUUGUACAUUAAAUUCAUAAGGUCUCCUUAUGGAAAAAUAUCCAUUCAGUACACCUAUGAGAUCUAUAUGGUUUUUGUAUGGAAAAAUAAUAUAUGGUAUCCUUAUGGCUGGUAAAGAGUGUUUUGGC